AUGUCCGUCUGUCGUCGUGUCCGUUUGCAUGGUUCCAGCUGAGCAGGGGCCACUGGUGCCCCCCUGUGAUACACAAGAUGGAGGCUCGUCAUGGGAUCAUGAAGGCCUUCCCCAGAGUUAAAAGGGCCAAAGUACUACAGGGAAAGGAUGCACCACCAGUGAAGAAGAAACCAGAUGAAUGUGAUGCCUCAGGAGACACUUUUAAUGGAGUCACAGUGCACAUCCUCCCUGCUGGAAUAGGAAGUGCUCGAUGUCAGAUUUUUCAAAGACAAAUUCAGCAGAAUGGAGGACAGACAGAGAGUUCACUGUGUCCCGCUGUCACUCAUGUUGUUGUAGAUGACAAAAUGGACAGCGACAGGGCUCUGCGCCUCCUGAAAGUGGAUUGUAUGCCCUCUGGAGUCCAACUUGUGAAAUGCACUUGGUUGAGCAUGUGCAUCAGUGAGAAAGAACUCCUGGAUGUAGCCAACUACACUCUUCUUUUACCCAAGAGGGAUCCUGAAACACAACAUGAAAAUAUUAAAGAAGAGUUGCCGAUUGUCAAACCUGCAGAAUUUGUUGAACCAAUGUCUCAUCCAACCAAGCAAGAGGAGACUUUAGACAAGACUGGACCAGAAGCCAAAGAUGAAUUGCGAGCAGAAGAAGACGUCGUCUCUCAUAGUGACCUGAAAGCGCUCCUCACUGGCCAGCACCCCAAAGAGGAGCUGCCUGGCCCCAGCCUCGACCCCGGUCCGGACUCUGCGGCUCAGAAGGCGGCCUCAGGAAAGUGGGUCUGUGCCCAGUCCUCUCAAUCCAAAAGUAAUAACUUCAACAAGCACAUCACAGACAAACUAGAAGUGCUGGCCAAGGCCUACACGCACCAGGGGGACAAGUGGAGGGCGCUGGGCUACUCCAAGGCUGUCAACGCACUGAAGAGUUACCACAAGCCUAUUACGUCCUAUCAGGAGGCUUGUCAGAUUCCCGGAAUCGGAAAAAAAAUGGCUGACAAAAUCGAUGAGAUUAUGGAGAGUGGACAUCUCCGGAAGAUUGAUCACAUCGGGGAGGCUGUGCCAGUACUGGAGCUCUUCACUAACAUUUGGGGCGCGGGAGCUAAAACCGCACAACUGUGGUACCAAAAGGGAUUUCGCACUUUGGAGGACAUCAGCACAAAAGCCCACCUGACCAACACUCAGAAAAUAGGACUCAAGCACUACGAUGACUUUCUGGACCGCAUGCCCCGAGAAGAAGCCGGAGACAUAGAGAAAGUGGUGAGGGAUGCCACCCAUGCUAUAGACCCAGAACUGGUGGCGAUGGCCUGUGGCUCCUACCGUCGAGGAAAAGCCACAUGUGGAGAUGUAGACGUACUCAUAACUCACCCUGAUGGCAAGUCACACAAGGGCAUUUUCAGCAAAGUACUACAGAGCCUCCAUGACAGUGGGUUCUUGACAGACGACCUGGUGAGCCAUGAGGACAAUGGAGAGCAGAAGAAAUACAUGGGUGUGUGCCGUCUGCCAGGACCCGGCCACCGCCAUCGCAGGCUGGACAUCAUCGUCGUGCCCUACGGAGAGUUCGCCUGUGCGCUGAUGUAUUUCACCGGGUCGGCACACUUCAACCGCUCAAUGAGAGCCAUGGCAAAGACUAAAAACAUGAGCUUAUGUGAGCACUCGCUGAACAACGCUGUGGUGCGUCAGGGGACUGUAAAGUUGUAUGGCGGCACUCCGCUUCUUACACUGACAGAGAAGGAUGUUUUCAGCCUUUUAGGCAUACCGUACAGGGAGCCCAAUGAAAGGGACUGGUGAUCAUUUAUCAACCGCAAUGCCAUUUUGGAUUUUAGAGAAAAAAUAAUCAUGAAUCAAUGAGAAAAACUCAAUCAUGGUGAAACAACCAAUUUUAAGGAUAUUUUUUUGCUGCUCCACAGAUUAAAUUAGAGCCCUGUUUGCCUUGAAUUGCAAUUUUACUCACUAUUAUUCUCCUUUUAUUAUAAAAGGGUUCAAGCUUAAACUCAUAUUUACUGACUUAACUGCAUCUCUCAGGUCUGUCAUGUCCAGUCCUAACACUACUGUGAGUCCAAUAUAUAAGUGAAGGGAAAUUUGUUGAGGAUUCCAUAGCCUUUAAAAGUUAUUUUUUUAAUUAUAGUAUGUAUAUAGUUAGUAAGUAAAUUAGUUAGUAGGUAAUUUAAGUUAGUAUUUUUUUGGUGGGUGUGGCGUAUAGCUCACCUAGCAGGUCGAUCUCCAAUACGGGUGAUGUGGAGUUGUGCCCCCCCCCCCC